AUCACGUGACACAGGCACGCGGCUGGAAAAGCAAAGUGCCAGACAUUUGUGUAAUGUGCUGGUUUCAGCUUGUGGUUGAACCCUUUUGGAAUUACGAUAUAUAAUGCAGUUUAACAAAAUAAUAUUUUGAUGGCAUGUUUAUAACGAUAAUGUUUGCUGACUGGUUAGCCUGCAAAGAUCACGUGGACAUUGUUGUUGUUAGCCUUGUGGCUAGCUGUCAUUCAUAGGCGACGAAACGGUUAGAUCGCACCUAUUCUGGUAAUGAAACUACCUUGCUUGGCUCACAAAUUUAAUCAAAAGAUGAUUGAUUUCUCAACAUGACAAGUGAACGUAGAUCCCAGAAAGACUGGUAUUCUAUCCUUGAAUCCAGUCCAUCGGAUGGGCUACAAGACCUCAAACAGAAGUACCAAAGACUGGCCUUAAUGUAUCACCCCGACAAGCAGGGCCCAGAUGUGACUGUGACUGAGGCAGAGGAGCACUUACACAGGUUCAUUGAGGUUGAUCAGGCUUGGAAGGUCCUGAGCAACCAGGAGACCAAGAGAGCCUACGAUCUGCAGUUGCGUGCCAGCGAACUGAAUCAGAGUUGGCCAGUCGACGCCCAUGUCUGUCUGGAUGACAUGACUUGGGAUGAUGAUAACGAGGUGUACACGUAUGGCUGUCGCUGUGGAGGGGAAUUCUCCAUUGGAAGAGAGGAGGCGGAAGGGGAAGAGGCCAUUGUGUGCUGUGAUACCUGUUCACUCAGCAUAGAAGUCAAGACGACAACCUGACUGACUGUCUCAUUGUUCGCCAGACAUCUCUAAAUCCUGAAGAACUAGAUCAAGGAGAUUCAUAGUUUUCUUUUAAUCUACAUCCACCGAACACGUGUCCACAUUUGAACCUUUUUAAUUGGGCCCCCAUGGGACCUUGUGCACCUGUCUAUUGGACAAUGAAAGGAAAUUUGAUUUUGCUCUUUUAAAUGUCAUGCAAUAAAAUCAUGGUGCAAAAUUAAACUAACAACCAAUCAA